GAUGGUUCACCAUGUGUUUUAGAAAUUUUAGACACAGCUGGUACAGAACAGUUUGCCUCAAUGAGAGAUUUGUAUAUAAAAAAUGGUCAUGGCUUUAUAGUUAUGUAUUCUUUAACGAAUCACCAAACAUUUCAGGAUAUAUCAAAUAUGAAAAAUGUGAUUAGCCGUGUUAAAGGUAGUCAACCAGCUCCAAUUUUACUAGUCGCCAAUAAACUCGAUUUAGAAUGCCAAAGAGAAGUUUCAAAAAUGGAAGGAAACGCCCUAGCACAACUUUGGGAAUGCCCAUUCAUAGAAGCAUCCGCCAAAGAUCGUAUUAAUGUUAAUGAAGUUUUCGCAACAAUCGUCCGUGAAAUGAAUAUGUCAUCAGAGAGACGACAGAAAAAAAGUUACUGCAAUUGCUGUACACUGUUAUAGAAAAAAAUUAAAAAAAAUUUAAAAUUAAAAAUAAAAAUUGAACACAAAAAAAAAAUUAAAUUUAUAAUUUUUUUCUUAUUUUUUUUUUUUUAUUUUUUAUUUUAUAAUUUUUAUAUUUUAUAUAAAAUAAUUAUAUGUAAAGAAAAAACAAAAAAAAAUUAAAAAUAAAGAUUUAAAAAUGAAACAAAUUUUACUAUUAAUUAAUAAAAAUAAUUAAUAAAUAAAUACAAUUGAAAAUAAUAUAUGUAUAUAUAUAUAGAACAUAAA